AUGAUCAGCCCAACCACAGCUAAAACCAAGGGAAUUGGACUUGCUAGUGUGGCACACUAUGUAUUGAAUCGUGUAUGGAAACAGCAGGAUAUUCCAAUUCCAUUGAAACUACGUGUUUUCAAUGCAGCCGUUCUCUCCAUUGUAUUAUACGGUAGUGAAUACUGGGCUCUAACACCAACUUUGACUAGACGACUAGUUAGCUUCGAGAACAGAUGCUUACGUCAUAUUUUGGGCAUCAACUGGACAGAUCAUGUCACCAAUGACGAGGUUCGACGUCUUUCUGGACAACCUUCUAUUGAGAUCACACUGCGUAAACGACGUCUCCAGUGGCUUGGACACUUACUUAGAAUGCCAGACAGUAGACCGGCCAAAGAAAUGCUUCUUUGGGAAUCACCCGGAACACAAAGAAAAGGGAAACUUCGAACACGACUAGUAGAUGUUUGGAGAAAAGAUCUUGAAUCUAUCAUACUAACUGUUCCAGAAUUACAAUAA